UCUGAUCUAGUCAGUCUACUCUGCUGGACGAUACUGACUCUAAUGAAGUGAGUUCAUCUCGAGCGGAAUGCGUCUCUACUAUGCAAUGUACAAACUGAUGGAAAGUCGAUAGAUGAGUGCGAUUUUGUAGACCAUUUUUUCGCAGCGCAUCGGCAGUUUAGAACUUCCAGCUCAACGCAACAUGUAGAGCGCGACUGGUGCCCAGACGAACCCACAGACUGGUGCUGUUGAACUGUUAUCAACAUGAUUCCGCCAGCGAACAUGAUUCAGGAGGACACGAUGGGCAAGGAGAACGAACGGGACCACCGUGAGCCCCAGUCACCCACAUCCUUCGGUCAGCAGGAGUCGAAGCUGCAGAGGCUAAAGCGCUCACUGUCCUUCAAGACCAAGAGUCUUCGCAGCAAAAGUGCGGAUAAUUUUUUCCAGCGGCCCAUCGAGGAUGUGAAGUUUCAAACCGAACUGCUCUCGGAUGUCAGCAGCAGCACAGGUCACCUGAGCACCAUCGGUGUGUCUGUCUCAGCGUCCUCAGCGAUGUCCCUUCCUCCACCACCCCCUCCGCUGCCCACCGUCAUCCCGGGCAACCUGCCCAUCACAAUCUGUUCUCCAUCCCGCGCCCCCCGCCCAGCAGACCCCAACCUACACACCUUUCUAGAGCACAUCUUCAAGAAGCCCCAUUUCUGUGAUGUCUGCAACCACAUGAUUGUAGCUUGCCAAGGGGGAGCAGGCAAGGUGUUCGGCACAAAUGCUAAGCUGGGCCUCCGGUGCAAAGCCUGCAAGAUGGGCAUCCACAACAAGUGCCUGGAUCGAGUCGGACAGCAGAGAUGCUUGGGGAAAUUGCCCAAAGGUUUUCGGAGAUACUCUAGCUCCCCUCUGCUGAUUCAGGAACAGUUUGGCUGCAUUAGGGAGGUUAUGCCUAUUGCCUGUGGCAGUAAAGUUGACCCGGUGUAUGAGACUCUGAGAUUUGGAACCUCUCUGGCACAAAAGACCAAGCGGACCAGUGGAUCGGAGUCACCACAGAGAAACUCUUCCAGUGAUGUGGUUCAGGUACCAGAAGAAAAGGCGGCCCACAUCAGUCGAGCUCAACUCAUCAGGAAACCCAGUGACAACGUUUUUACACCCCUGGAGAAUGGAACAGAACAUUUUCAUAUUGCUGAAAGGAAAUCAGAAGAAUCACCUUCAGACAGAGAGCUGAAGAGGGACCCACUGCAGCUCAAUACUUAUGUGGCUUUGUUCGAAUUUACCCCCCAAGACAACCAAGACCUAGAAAUGAGACCCGGAGAUCGAAUAAUCCUGGCAGAUGAUUCCAAUGAUGACUGGUGGAAGGGUGUGAUUGAAGACAGAAUAGGUUUUUUCCCAGCAUCCUUUGCCCAUCAGGUGAGGGCUGGCGACAGGGUGUUCAUAUGUAACCGAACCUUUAUUGGCUGUAAGGAGCAAGGGCAGAUCACCCUGAAGGAGGGACAAAUUUGUGUCAGCGGUGAGGAUGAACACAAUGGCUUCAUCAGAGUAGCCAGCGGGAAAAAGAGAGGAUUCGUGCCCUGUGACGUCCUGGAGAAUGUAUGAAGUGAAAGAACGGAGAGAAGAGAUGGUCAAUUUAAAGAAAAGGAAAGAGUUUCCAGGGUGAUGACUCCAACACUUCCUCUGAGACUGUUUGGGUGAUCUUUGACACCGGAGGGCUCGUCAGGAGGGACCCCUGUCUCCCUCUGUGACAAUGGAAGAAUAUACAGUGACCCCAAAGAGUAUUAGGACAUUUAAGUUAUCAACCAUCUGCAAACAAAUGAUGCCAGAGAUUUUCUUACUUUUUCUAAGCAAUUUUUUCAACCAAUCGUAUUUGCUGAAUGAAAUCCAAUACUUGUUGCUUACUAAGUUAAAAGUUAAAAAAAAUUGUGCCUGUUUUCCUCUAGUACAUCACACUCUCUCACAAAUUGCGAUGUGCUUUUUGUAGCAUUUUUCGAGAACCAUUUGUAAGGUUAAGAUGUAUUUCCCCUUAAUUACAAGAAAAACUGCCACAAAGACAUGACUUUUAUCUUCCUCUGAGCCAGUUUACAACUAUUUGUUCACUUGUCAGCUGGUUUUCACAUGUAUGAGGCCUUUUUUGCAAAUCAGUUUUUUCCCCCCAAGAUGCAGGGCUAGUUAUUUUUUUAAAAACUAAAUUUAUAUUUCCUUCAGAUAAAUGACACAUGGUUUGAUAUUUUGAUUUCCAAUUUUUUUUUUCAUUUCUAGCUUGAAUGUCCAAUUAGUUCUUGGGGCCACUGAAUGUGUGUUUCAUUACUUGCUGAAUGUCAGUGUCAUGUAUUCUGGAUCUAAUUUAUUGAAUGUCAAUGUAGCAGGUCAUCAACCACAGAACUUUCCACUAUUCACUAUAGCAUCAGAACUCACAUUGUUUUGAAAUAUCUUACUUCUAAAAACGACAUAUUUAAUGCUUCACAUAUUUCCAUAAAAUCCAAUACCUGUCUUAACACUAUGUAAUAAAUGAUCUUUUUUAUCUGCAUUUCUUUCAAUAAAUGUCCAGGUGUUUUUUGUUAUUCAUAACACUUCAGAAUUUGAUGAUUAGUUUAAUUUAACUUGCACUCCCGAAAUGUUAUUUCCACUCAUGCUUCUGAGAACAGAGGAUGAACAGAUCUCAGCUGUGUCAGGCAGGAUUCGAAGUGUUUUCAGAUAUCACUUCUAAUUCGAAGCAGAACAUAGACAUUCCUUGAUCAAACACACUCCAUGACUGUGAUAAAACCAUGUGGACAAGGGUUUCAGUGAACAAAUCUUUCUUUUGAAUGUACAAGUGUGUUCAGAUGUCUCUUAAACAUAUAUGUGCUACAUGUCAUAUGUACUAAUUUUCUUUUGUUAUUAAGACAUUUUAGAAAAUAAAAAUUUAAAUUUUGAAAUUUUGAAUAUUAAUAAGCUAAAUGAAGCAGAUGUAGAUGAAUUGAUACACCAUUACAGCAGGUAUGACUUAAAAGAUGAUUACAAUAAAGAUUUUUAAUUCUUUAUUAUUAUUAUUAUUAUUUAUUUGAGUCUAAUCAUGGAAGAAUAGGCAUCAUGUAUUGUUCAUUUCAAUGAUACAUAAUCUCUGUCUCUUUAUAA